CCUCUAUCUCCACCGUUCUCGUUGACGGCGCAUCAUGCGCACUGGCUCCAAUGGCUGAGUUGUACCCUUCCCUGGCGCAAUGCGCCAUUGUCGCAACAGCUUUCAAGAUUCUCUUGUUCCCUGCUUAUAAAUCAACUGACUUUGAAGUUCACCGAAACUGGCUCGCAAUUACUCAUUCUCUAUCUGUGAAGGAUUGGUACUACGAGAAAACCUCGGAAUGGACUCUCGACUACCCUCCGUUUUUCGCGAUAUUCGAGUGGUUGCUAUCCCAAGCAGCGCGCUAUGCGGAUCCGGCGAUGCUGGUCGUCAGCAAUCUUAAUUACGAUUCGUGGCAGACCGUUUACUUCCAGCGGGCGACGGUCAUCCUCACGGAGCUUGUUCUCGUUUACGCAUUGAGCCGGUACAUCAAGUCCGUCCACCCGUCGAAUAAACAUCUCGCGCAUAUCGCCAGUCUAUCCAUUCUGCUCUCCCCCGGACUCCUGAUUAUUGAUCACAUCCACUUCCAGUACAAUGGCUUCCUCUAUGGGAUCUUGAUCUUAUCGAUUGUCUUGGCCCGAAAGCAGUCGACUCUCCUUCUCAGCGGCAUCACCUUUGCCAUCCUGAUUUGCUUGAAGCACAUAUACCUAUAUCUCGCUUUGGCCUACUUCGUGUACUUGUUGAGAGCGUACUGCCUGGAUCCUAAAUCGGUCUUCCGACCCCAGUUUGCGAACAUCUUCAAGCUCGGCGUGUGUAUCGUCGGGAUAUUUGCGGUGGCUUUUGGUCCGUUCUUCCAAAUGGGCCAGCUGCUCCAAUUGAAGGACAGACUGUUCCCGUUUUCACGAGGCCUAUGCCAUGCCUACUGGGCACCGAACAUAUGGGCAAUGUACUCAUUUACCGAUCGUGUUCUUAUUCAACUUGCUCCACGCUUGGGUCUUACGGUCAACCAGGAGGCUCUGGCCAGCGUCACCCGCGGACUUGUCGGAGACACUUCUUUCGCCGUCCUCCCUGAGGUGACCAAGGAACACACGUUCAUCCUCACCCUUCUCUUCCAGCUGGUACGUCCCGCGUUCUCCUGUUCGAUAUUCGACUGUUACUCACUCAAGCGCAGCUUCCGCUGGCCAAGCUCUGGCUGCGUCCUGACUGGGACACCUUCGUUGGGGCCAUUACCCUCUGUGGCUAUGCUUCUUUCCUGUUCGGCUGGCAUGUCCAUGAAAAGGCCGUGCUCCUGAUUAUCAUUCCGUUCAGCUUGAUCGCACUUAAAGAUCGCCGAUACUUCAGCGCUUUCCGUCCUCUUGCCGUGGCAGGCCAUGUCUCCCUCUUUCCGCUGCUCUUCACGGCGGCAGAAUUCCCCAUCAAGACUGUCUACACCAUUUUCUGGCUGGUUCUGUUCCUUUUCGUGUUUGACCAGGUCGCGCCCGUCCCAGAACGGCCGCGGAUCUUCCUCGCCGACCGUUUCUCCCUGCUCUAUCUUACAGUAGCCAUUCCCCUGAUCGUUUACUGCUCUCUCAUCCACCAGCUCAUCUUCGGCCUGGGACGACUCGAAUUCUUGCCCCUAAUGUUCAUGAGCAGUUACUCGGCUCUCGGGGUGGUAGGAAGCUGGGUUGGGUUCAUGGUCGUAUACUUCACAGCAUAGAAUCAUAUAGAAACCAAAAGUUUUCUCGUUCGUUCCUCACUUCCAAGUUUCCAAUCCGUUGUAUCAGUAGAGGGCGGAAAUGAUGUAAUGCCGGAAAACUCUUGGCGUUUGACAUGUUUGC